UAUUUGACAAAAAUGUGAAUAAAAGCAAGUUGGCUUUAAAAUUUAAAACCUUUUAAAUUAAUACAUCAAAAAGCAAUUGACUUUCGUGGCACGCAUGGCCAGUGUGUGAUUCGCUAACGACCGUAAAAAAGGCCACGAAGAAUUUACAGCGAAACGAUAUAAAAGUUAUUUGAACGUCAGCGCCAGGGCUCAGUUUUACAUGAGCAGCGGGCAGAGCAACGCGCGAGGACGAGCUGCAAUAGCAGCAGCUGCAGUUGGCAAUUGUGGUCGAAGACAUUCUUGCCGUGACUGCGGCGCAUUAAAUCAACGUGUGAAACACAAACCGGAAGUGCAAGCCCGACCCAGGCACCGCCCUCUACCCUGACCCCGACCCUUGCGGCGACCCUGAUCCUGAACCUAGACCUGUGCCCGAUCCUGUGCAACUGGUGGUCGCGUCAUGUCUGUCGCCGUCUAUGCCUGGGGCGCCAAUUCUCACGGUCAGCUCGGCCUUGGCUACGAAUCGGAGCUCUGCAUGACACCACAACGCCUAUCAAAAUGCUCAUUUGUGCCUCAGCUGGUGCGCUGCAUACGCGGCGGCGGUGGUCAUGUCCUAAUCCUCGAUAGCAAUGGACGUCUGCACGCCUGCGGCUGGAAUAAUCGCGGCCAAUUGGGCCUGAACUCAGACGACGAGUGCCAUAGCGAGUUCUCCAUGGUGCCCACGGAAUUCUUUGAGGAAGUACCUGUGGAGUUCGUCAGCUGCGGCUGGGAUAUAUCGGGCGCUAUUACUUUGACUAAACGCCUCUAUGUCUGGGGCUCGAAUGCGUUUCAGCAGCUCGGGAUUUGCCAGCGCGGCUUUAUGGCUGUGCGUAGGCCAAUGCCCGUGCGUCUGCCGCGCGAGGAGGCGGCACAAAGGUUUAGCUUCGGUCUGCGCUUCUGUGCGGUGCUCACCCAGGAUCAAAAAAUCUAUAUAUUUGGACGUUUGCGCAUUAUGGAUCCGCCUCCCAUUGAACUGGACAUUACUGCGACAUCUCUGCAUCGCUGCAAUGUGAUGAAGAUCCAAGUGCACAAUCCCAAUGAGCUGCGGAUUGUUUCCCUAGUCAGUGGCCAGAAUCACAUGCUGGUCAAGUGCGUGAAUUUGGAAGCGGGUGGCAGCAGACGUAUCAUCGCCCUGGGAGACAACAAGUUCGGCCAAUCGAAUGCCUUUCAGUUCGAGGAGGAUGUGCGCCAGCUUGCCGUCGGCUGGACGCACAAUGCAGCCCUGUUGAAGUCCAAUAGCAUUUUGCUCUGGGGUCGCAACUGCUAUGGCCAGCUGGGCACGGGUGAGUUCUGCGAGCAGCGAGCGACGCCAACGCCAUUGCAGCUGCGCUUGGAGGAGGGAACGACGCCGGCACGCCUACACAUGGGCGCGGAACAUGGACUGCUGCGCACCACAGCUGGCGAGAUCUAUACCUGGGGCUGGAAUGAGCACGGCAAUUGUGGAAAUAAUGCUACGGAAAAUAUCUGUACUCCAACUUUAUUGAAGCUGCCGGGCUACGCAAAGCUGGCUGGAUCGGGCGCUGGAUUUUGUUAUGCGAUUGUAGAAGAAGCUGAUGGAGAAACUGCAACAACUUCUUGAAAACGCUUACGCUAGACUAAGCUUGAAUC